AUUAUGACAUCCGGAAGCGCACAGCUGCAGAUGCACCGGGUGCAAGAAUGAGUUUCCCAAUUGUUGGUCCAUUUCCGACCUCGUCGUCGGAGGGGGAGAAAGAGAGAAAGAGGACUAUCUACUUCGUCUGCUCUCCUCCGUUUUCUCAGCCAUUUUCGCUCUACGUUCUUACUCCUCGAUCCCUCAGCACUACUACAUAUAAACGUGAGAGAAUAUCAUAAAAAUUAGAAGAGCCGAGAGCCGAGAGCCGAGAGAGAGAGAGGUUUUUCUUCUCCUAGCCGGUUCUUCUCUGCUCUCCUCUACCCCUCUCUCUCGCUUUCUCUGUUUCUUUACUCCCCAAUCCUCUUUAGAGGGAGAUAGCGCGCGCGAUCCGUGUGUCUGUGUGUACCUUCGCUGGACCGAAAAUGGCGAAAUCCUUUCGCCAGUAGUUAAAAGCGGCACCUUAAUUCGCUCGGCUCCAAAUUAAAGAUGGCACCUCUACUGCCGCCGACGCUGCUGCUAGUCCUCCGGCUCCUAGUCCUCCUCUUGUUCUCCAACGCGGGCGGCGCCGGCGCCAUCCCUUUGGGAUCCGUGCUCACCCCGUCCAAUUCGUCGUCGUCGUCGUCGUCGUCCUGGUCGUCCCCGAACGGCACGUUCUCCGUCCGCUUCGUGCCCUCGCCGUCCCACCCCUCCCUCUUCCUGGCGUCCAUCGUCUUCUCGGGCGGCCUCCCCGUCUGGUCCGCCGGCGGCGCCUCCGCCGCCGUCGACUCGUCCGCGUCCCUCAGCCUCCUCCCCGACGGCGACCUCCGCCUCCUCAACGGCUCCGGCGCCCUCGUCUGGAGCUCCAACACCUCCUCCCUCAGCGUCUCCUCCGCCGCCCUCCUCGACUCCGGCAACCUCGUCCUGCAGAACGCCUCCGACUCGCCUCUCUGGCAGUCCUUCGAGAACCCCACCGACACCCUCGUCCAGUCCCAGAACUUCACCUCCGCCGCCUCCCUCGUCUCCGGCCCCUACUCCUUCUCCCUCCUCCGCAGCUCCGGCAACCUCACCCUCCGCUGGAACGGCACCGUCGUCUACUUCAACGAGGGCUACAACGCCUCCUUCACCGCCAACCGCACCCUCUCGUCCCCGACCCUCUUCCUGCAGUCCAACGGCAUCCUCUCCCUCGCCGACGCCGCCCUCGGCUCCUCCCCCGUCGUCGUCGCCUACAGCAGCAACUACGGCGAGAGCGGCAUCACGCUCCGCUUCGUCCGCCUCGACCCGGACGGCAACCUCCGCGUCUACAGCGUCUCCGGCGGCAGCUCCGCCCCCACCGAGCAGUGGUCCGCCGUCGCCGACCAGUGCGAGGUCUUCGCCUACUGCGGCAACAUGGGCGUCUGCUCCGCGGACCCCGCCGACCCCCGCCAGGGCUGCCGGCCCCGCACCCCGCUCGAUGACUGCCGGGCCAACUGGACGAUGCUGGAGCUGGAGAACACCCGCUUCCUGACCUACCCGCCCGACGUCGCCACCGAGCAGUUCUUCAUCGGGAUCACGGCGUGCCGCCAGAACUGCCUCUCCGGCCAGUCCUGCCUCGCGUCCACCGCCCUCGCCGACGGCUCCGGCUUCUGCUACAUCGUCGUCGACUUCGUCAGCGGCUACCACUCCGCCGCCCUCCCCAGCACCUCCUACGUCAAGGUCUGCGCCCCCGAGGAGCCCAACCCCCCGCCGGGCGCUCUCGCCGGCGCCCAGCCGGGAACCUCCAAGCUCCGCGCCUGGAUCGUGGUCGUCGCGGUCCUAUGUACUCUGCUGGCGUUGGUGUUCUGCGAGUCCGCCCUGUGGUGGUUCUUCUGCCGGAACAGCCCCAAGUACGGGCCGGCGUCGGCUCAGUACGCCCUCCUCGAAUACGCCUCCGGCGCCCCGGUCCAAUUCUCGUACCGGGAGCUCGACCGGUCCACCAAGGGCUUCAAGGAGAGGCUCGGCGCCGGAGGGUUUGGUUCGGUGUACCGCGGCACCCUCGCGAACCGGACCGUCGUCGCCGUGAAGCAGCUCGAGGGGAUCGAGCAGGGCGAGAAGCAGUUCCGGAUGGAGGUGGCCACCAUCAGCAGCACCCACCACCUGAAUCUCGUCCGCCUCAUCGGCUUCUGCUCGGAGGGGCGGCACCGCCUGCUCGUCUACGAGUUCAUGAAGAACGGCUCGCUCGACCGCUUCAUCUUCUCCGAGCAGCAGUCGUCCUCGUCGUCGUCCUCCUCCUCCUCGGAGAAUCUGCCCUGGAAGACCCGAUUCAGCAUCGCCGUUGGAACGGCCCGCGGGAUCACUUACUUGCACGAGGAGUGCCGCGACUGCAUCAUCCACUGUGAUAUCAAGCCCGAGAACAUCCUUCUCGAUGACAAUUUCAGUGCCAAGGUGUCCGAUUUCGGACUCGCGAAGCUCUUACACCCCAAGGAUCACCGGCACCGGACUCUCACCAGUGUUAGGGGGACCAGGGGCUACUUAGCCCCCGAGUGGCUGGCGAAUCUCCCAAUCACGUCUAAAUCUGAUGUGUAUAGCUACGGAAUGGUGUUGCUCGAGAUCGUAAGUGGGCGAAGGAACUUCGACAUGUCGGAAGAGACUGGAAGGAAGAAAUUCUCAGUGUUCGCGUACGAAGAAUUUGAGAAAGGGAAUUUGAGGAGUGUGCUUGAUAAGAAGAUCUAUAAUGAGGAGAUUGAUAUGGGGCAAGUGGAGAGGGCAGUGAUGACGAGCUUUUGGUGCAUCCAAGAGCAGCCGUCGCUGCGGCCGUCGAUGAGUAGAGUGGUGCAAAUGCUGGAAGGGGUGAUGGAGAUUGAAGUGCCGCCCGCGCCAAAGGUCACGGACAGUUUGAGCCCGAUUCCGUAUUCGUCGAGCUCGGUUCAAGCUGCCGAAGGAUCGUUGUCGAUUUCCAUGAAGAGGAGUGCUGAGAAACCUUCCUUGUCACUUAUCUCUUCAGAACAAUCCUCGGCAUAAAUACAUUCCAGAGGAUGUUAAAAUAUGUCCUCUGUAAGUGUUUACUAGAGCAAAAUUUCUUUGUAUACAUGUUAUAAUUUAUGUUAAUAAAUAUGAGAAUGAGCUUAUAUAUUGGAGCAUUUAGAAAUAGUACAUUCAUCUAAAUUGGAUGAUUUGAAUGUAUACUGGCAAUGGAUAAUUUGAAUGUGUUUUGCCAAGGCCUCAUCCUGUUAAAUCUAUUAGUACCUUAUUUUAUCUUUUUUGUUUCUGUUUUCCCCUAAAAAGGAGUCCUUUGUUUUUCUACUUGCUCUUUGGUUGUUAGGCAGGAUUGAUUACCGCA